AUUAUAUAUAUCAAAACAAACACAAUUUAUAGUGGUUUAUUUUAAGCGCAAAAAAAUAUAAUAAAUACAAAAUCUAAUUUAUAUUAAAUAGCAUAAAUGAAUUUCUAAGCAAUUAAUUUAAAUUUUUUAUUUGAGAGUGAUGCUAACUGUGCUAAUUUAAUUUUGAGCUAUCUUAAUAAGAGAGAGCUAGCUAGGUUCGGAUAAUGCUGCAAAUAUAUUCACACAUAAGUUAUCGAAUUUUAAAAAGAUUAGUAUAAUGAAGAAUACAAUGAUUGGAGAUAAAACAAAAUUAAUAGGCUGAAAAUAAACAAUGGUACAAAGAAGGGCAAUUAAAACAUUAAAUUUAUUGAAACAGAUACUAAUUAUAUAAUAAAAAUGAGAAUUUUUGAUAUUCCUCUUAAAUAUUUAGUUUAAAAGAAUUGGAAUUUUAUCAAUGAAAGCGAUGAAUAAUAUGUUAAAAAAAUCAAAUCUGAUAAAUUUAUUAAAGAAUACAACAACCUAUUUUUUAAGAACAAAUAAUACAACGACAUUCUAUUUAUUAACAGAUCUAUCAUUGAUCCAAGUCUCAAUUAUCAAGAAAGCGACUUCGAUGAAGAUGAAUUUGAAUAAACUAAAUAUUAAGAACUUUAUCAAGGCUAAGAAUUUUCUUCUGAUAAUUAUGAUUUUUCUAAUAUGCAAAGUCUUCUAAGUAGAUAAAAAUAGAUUAUUUAAAAAAUGAAUAAAAAAGAAUAAGUUAAAUAGUAAUAACAAAUUGAAGAGUCAAGCUACUUAAACUAAUUAUAAACAAUCAAAAAAAUUACUAUCAUUCUUUGUCACGGAGGUUACUUCUCAAUUGGAAUAUUUAAUGAUAAAGGCAAUUGUAUUUUCCACAAAAGUGAUCAUAAAUACGUUGUCCGUAAAAAAGCUGGUCAACGUUAGCUCAAUUGCGAUACCUAAACAGGAAAGAAAGUAAAAUCUAUUGGUAGUUAAAUCAGAAGAGACCAAGAAAAGAAACAUUAAGAAAAAGUACACAAUAUUUUGAAUGAGCAUAUUGAUGAAAUAGAUAAAACAGAUGUAGUCUUUUUACAAGCUCCAGGUCUCAAUAAGCAAAUUCUAAUCAGAGAUAAUGAACCACUCAUGAAAGUAUAACAUAAGAUUAGAUCUCUUUGCCUUACAGCUAAAAAGGCUAACUACACAGAAGUAGAAAGAAUAUACAAAGCUAUAACAAAAAUAUAUUUAGUAUUAAAUAAAGAACCAAAAAAAUAAUGA